AUGACGGCGACAGAGGACGCGCUGGAGACGACGCGCCUCGUGAUCAUCUGUACGGCUGCCGUCAUCUCGUCUGUCGUUGCUGUCGUGCUGUUUCGACGGAUACCAGACCCUGGCUACAGCUCGCGUGGAAGGGGCCGAGGACGCAGUCGAAGCAGGAAGCCGCCGUUACCUCCUCCACACGCAACAGGUCCUGCGCUCUUCUAUUCGGUCAUAAUGACGGACUGGUUAUUCUCGGUCACAGGGGCAAUCAAUCAGUCGAUGGACAUGGUCAUGGGUGGAGGUGUGAAGGUGCGCACGGUAAUUGGCGCUAGUAUCGACUCUCUAUAUCACAUCAGCUUCCUAGUAUCGCUGCUCUGGGGCGUCGUACUCGCGGUCUUCGUGCUGCGAACACAUCGCUGGGCACGUGGCCACGCAGCCACCAGUCCACCCAUGAAGAGGUUCCCAGUACGGACGAGCUGGCUGACAAUCUGGACCAUCGGACUCGGCAGUGGACUGCUCUCAACAGCGCGACUACAAGCUCAUAUCACGGACAACGACGCGGCGGAUAUGCUUGCGGAGUGCCAGCGUUAUUUGUAUAUAACAGUGUACGCACUCUCAGCUGGCUGUGUGACUGCAGCCAAUGCUGUGCUGUUCGUACAGAGGAGACGCUUGAACAGCGUGGAAGAACUGGCUGGCACUGCUAUUGCAGAUCCAUCGCUCGGUAACAGCGCAGACAACGCGGCUUUGGCAUCUACCAAGACGUGGGAAUUGCAGGCUCAACAGGCGCUUCGGAUAGCUCACGAGAAGCUCAUGUACUACUUCCUUGGUGUGCAGAUACUACAGCUUCCGAUGAUGCUGUGCUACGUGCUGGGCUUCGACUCGAUCAGCUACGCCAUUUACGAAGUGGCAGACUGCUUACUGUUCAGUGUGCCGCUGCUUAACGCCAUUGUCUUUGGCUGGCGACAUCUAGGAGAACCGAGAUUGUAUGACGACGAGUUACGUAACAACGGAACAAUAUUACAGUCCAGUAUCAACAGCUCACGCCACGGAGAACGUCAGCGAGAUCGGAUGGGCACAGGACUCUUGGCUGGGAGUGGAAACAACGGCGCUGGGAAUGUCUUGGCCUCGUCGUUCCGGACUGUUUUUGGCAGCAGUGCAGCCAGCAGCAAUAACGGCAAGGAAUCGAUGAAAAGCACGUAUGUGGGCAACGAGACAGUGACUCUUGAAGAGCUGAACGGGCUGUCGAACGUGGCGUUCAUUGCUGAAGGAGCAGCUGGCAGUGUGUUCAAGGCGCAAUGGCUGGGAAUUGAAGUUGCAAUGAAAGUUAUUAAGCUUCCUAAUGUAGGUGCAGGUGGCGUGGCGGAUGCGGAGCUGUACCGGACUAUUAUCCAGAACUCCGAGGAAGCUUUCAUUGAAGAAGCCAAGCUUUGCUCUCGUCUGCGGCAUCCGAACAUCACUCUAUUCAUGCGUGCUGGAUACUUCGAAGGCAAGUUGGGAAUCCUGACUGAAUACUGCUCACGUGGCAGUCUCAAGGACGUCCUUAAACGUCAUUUCCCGCUCAGUUGGCGACGUAAAGUGGCGCUGGCUCUUCAUAUCUCCAAGGGGCUGACCUACUUACAUGCUCACAAUCCGACGUACAUUCACCGUGACCUCAAGGCUUCGAAUAUUUUGGUAACCGAGACGUGGCAAGCCAAACUAGCAGACUUUGGUAUCUCCAAGGUGUCGAACUUCGUCAACCGUGUGCGAUACAGCGAGCGAACUGUCAGUCUAGCAGAGCAGAACCCCAGUGUCUCGGACGAACUUACGUCGUUUGCUGGUACAUGGCGUUGGAAUGCCCCCGAGAUCCUUCAAGACCCGCACAACUGUCGAUACAGUCGUGCCACAGACAUGUACUCGUUUGGUAUGGUGCUGUGGGAAAUCGCUUCGGACGGUGCUGUUCCUUUCAGCGACACGAAAUUCGACUUUGAAGUCCGCGAGAAGGUGCUAGUAGAGCAGCGUCCACCGAUUAAUCCGCGCUGUCCACAGCGGUUUACGCAGCUUGUUGAGGAGUGCUGGGCGCAGAAUCCUGCGCUUCGUCCAUCUGCGCCACAAGCCGCCGAGAUUCUCAACACGAUUCUGGACAAUAUGUCGAAAGACUCGAACGAUUUUGCCACGAUGGCGUCUGUGUCGGGCUCCGAGUACACGAACAGUAUCUUUUCUUCUUUGCGGAAUGGCGAUGGCACUUCGGAUCUGGAGCAUCGACCUAGCUCGUUCCUGGGUCAGCGUAUUACCAACUUCUUCCGUGGUCGCUUCUCUGCUCGUAGCAGCAGUAGCAGCGCUAUGAGUGGGGAGUACCAUGAUCAUCUGGAUAACGAGCACUUCUACAAGUUCACGUCUCCGUAUGCAGGUGUCGAGGGCAUUAGUAUGCUGAGCGCUCGAGGCAGUGCAGCUGUGGAGUAUAGUCCAGCGAACUACGAGACGUCGGGACUCCCUAUCGUCGGCUUGCCAAAUGAUAGUCGUCGUGGCGAUGGACUCGUUGGUGGCCGGCUCUCGUCGCUGGAUGAGUAUGACUUUGAGAUGAAGGAAAACCCGUCGGAUGUGUCGACGACGUUCAGUAGAAGUCCGUCAGAGGGCGACGCCAAUAUGCUGCCACCAUUCCGCAAACCCAGUGCCAGACGUGAAGAUGUGCGGCCAAGUGAAGACCCUCGACCAAACGAAGAUGAAGCGGAGUUCGUGCUCGGUGCUAAUGGACGGAUACGCCACCUACAGUACUAG